UUUCGUGUCAGGAGAAGUGUGUGUCGGAGCCGCCUGGCAGCAGGACGCAGAGUAAGACCAGUCUGAGCUCAGUGGAGGUUGAGGAGGUCCUCUGCCCAGACAACUGUAAUGCAAACCUGGACAAACCGGUUCUGAGGAAGCUCCAAGGCACCUUCCUGCGCAGCCUGGCAGCUACUCAGCUGGAGAAGAAGAGGAGAAGUAAACACCUGAGCCAGUCCUUGCUGUCCUUAUCUGAUGAUGUCAUCACCCUGAGCCCUCUGCUACCAGUAAAACAGGAUGAUGUCGUUAGGCCUGAAUGUACAGGUUCAUCAUCCAGCAGUUUGGACCCAAUCCGACAGUCAGACUCCCAUAAUGAUCCAGCCCUGUCUGUGCAGCGGCAGUGCAGCACACUGUCUGAUGACAAGAAGUUUCUGUUGGACAUGAUCUACUCAAACUCCUCUGCCACAGUGCCUCUGCGCCAGCCUGCUGUUGAAGCCAUCACCACAGACGAAGAGAGCUUCAAGGCUGUUGAAGAUCUAAGCGGUUGUGUGUCGAAGCGUGUGUCCAACUUCCAAGCAAGCUCCGUGGAGUCCACCACCCCCAGUGAGAGCAGUGACUCCCGCCGGGCAGAGCUGGGGAUUCUGGAGGGCUCCACCCAGGCGGCCCGUGCUCGGCUGGCCGAGGAGCAGCAGAACCGCUUGGUCCGGCAGCAGAGCAGUAACGAUUUAGAGACACACACCCGCCAGCUGGAGACAGCCUUGCUGGGCCCCGGAGGCCUCGCUGACACCUGGAACCAGCUGCACCUGAGCGGCGCCGCCCUGCGGAUCAAAGACCUGGACUUCACAGACCUAAAAGAUGAGGAGGACAUCGACGUCUUGGACAUGAAUACCUCCAGCUCCUCGGUUUCUUGCCUCUCAGCCGUCCCUCCUCCUCCCCCUCUACCAGGUGGCGCAGGCCCUCCCCCUCCUCCUGGCAUCCCUCCUCCUCCCCCUCUACCAGGUGGUGCAGGCCCUCCUCCUCCUCCUGGCAUCCCUCCUCCCCCUCCACCAGGUGGUCUAGGUCCUCCCCCUCCUCCUCCCCCAGGUGCUCCUCCCCCUCCUCCCGGCCCCUCCUUGAUAUUGCAGGAGAAGAAGAGGAAGACUGUGAAGUUGUUCUGGAAGGAGCUGAAACAGGCAGACCAGCCUAAGAAGUGUCACUUCGGUCACGGGACGGUGUGGGCGUCUCUGGACAAGGUGGAGGUGGACACAGCCCGCCUCGAACACUUGUUCGAGUCCAAGGCUAAGGAGCUGCUGGUUGCCAAGAAAGGACCAGAGGUCAAGAAGUCUGAGAUUCUCGUUCUGGACCCCAAGAGAAGUAAUGCCAUCAACAUUGGUUUGACCGUCCUGCCUGCUGUCCACGUCAUUAAGAAUGCAAUCCUCAACUUUGAUGAGUUUGCCAUCAGUAAGGAGGGGAUUGAGAAGAUCCUCAGCAUGGUGCCAUCACAGGAGGAGAAGCUGAAGAUCCAGGAGGCUCAGCUGGCCAAUCCUGACAUCCCGCUGGGGACAGCCGAACAGUUCCUGUUAACCCUGGCCUCCAUCAAUGCCCUGACCCCCCGUCUGCAGCUCUGGGCAUUCAAACUCAACUACGAAGUUCUGGAGAAGGAGAUCGCAGAGCCGCUCUUUGACCUGAAGCUGGGAAUGGAACAACUGGCUAAAAAUGAGACCUUUAAGAGGAUUCUGGCAGCACUGCUUGCUAUCGGGAACUUCCUGAACAGCUCCAGCGUUUCACUCUUUCCUGCUGUUCCUGGGUCAGCCGUCCUUCUCCGUCAGAGACAUCAAGGUGACCAGUUUCUGUCGGAUCAUCAGCGAGUUCGCUCUGGAGUACCGAACCACCCGAGACCAAGUCCUCACGACCAAACGGAAACGAGCUGUGCACCGCGAGAGAACCAAGACCCGAGGAAAGAUGAUCACCGAGACGGUGAAGUUCUCGGGGGCGGUGACUCGUUCGGACAGCCCUACCCCCACCUCCAUGGCGGGGGAGGCGGAGCCUGAUCAGGUAGAGGAGCACAAGAACAUGAAGAACCUGCUGAUCAGUGAUGGCUGCAGCCUAGGUCUGGAACAGAGAGGUCUGAGGCGCUCCAGGGCUGUUCGCAGUCUUGGUAGGGUGAGCCCAUCUCGUAUGCCUGCAGCCAAAGAGGACUUGGCCAACGUUCAGGAUGACACUACCGAUGAGAUCAUGGACCGAUUGGUGAAGUCCGUCACCCAGAACCCCUCAGACAAACCAGCCAGUCCAAAGACCCGCAAACGGUCCCGACUCAACAGGAAGUCAUUGAGGAGGACUCGGAAGAGCGGGAUCAGUCUGGAGGUGGCCCAGGCUUUGGAACUCAACAGCACCAAGACAAAGUCUGCACAUGGACUGGAAGCCUCCAAUCAAUCCAUGAACUACUGAAAGGCUGAACCCAGAUCAGCCGAGAGCUUUCACCAGAUUUUGAUGGACAUUUGAGCAGAUUUUCCAGGUUUCAUGCUCCUCUUCGAAAACAUCUUAUUUCAGAGCAGCUGAACUUUUUUAACAUCAUCACCCUAAAUGACAGAAUGUUUGUCCCAUGCUGAAAAAAUGAUGAGUUAAUUUAUAAUUCAUAGAUGCUUCAUGCUCAAAAGUUUUCAUCGUUUUACUGCCACUACUCGUUUGUCCUCAGAUGUAUCGGGGGCUUCGUGUCCUUUAACUUAUCAAAGUGCUG